AUGGCGUUUAGAGGAAGCUCAGACAAACUGUACACACGAAACAAUGGCAAGUUUUUGGGAUUAGUCGAAUUAUUGGGUAAAUUCGAUCCAAUUAUGGAGGAGCAUUUGAAGCUGGCAACAACAGGUGGCAUUUCUGAUCACUACUGCGGUAAGGAUAUUCAAAACGAGUUAAUUCAUCUGAUGGGCGAAAAAGUUACUUCCGAGAUUAUUUCACGAGCCAAAAACGCUAAAUAUUAUUCAAUUAUAGCGGACUGUACUCCAGACAUAAGUCAUGACGAACAAUUGUCCCUGACUAUUCGAUUUGCAGAUUUGACAGACGCUAACGUCGCUGUUAAGGAGCAUUUUAUAGAGUUCAUCCCAGCCACUAGCUCUACAGGUGCAGGACUUAACGAAGUAAUUUUGAGCAUUCUCAAGAAACACGGACUCGAGAUAGCGAAUUGUAGAGGUCAGGGGUACGACAAUGGAGCUAACAUGAAGGGAAAAAAUAUUGGUGUGCAAAAAAGAAUUUUGGAUCCCUUGGCUUUUUAUGUGCCAUGUGGCUGUCACAGUUACAAUCUCGUACUGUGUGAUGCUGCUAAAUCGUCAGUCAAUUCUGUAACGUUGUUUGGGAUUUUGCAAAGAAUAUUCACGCUAUUUUCUGCUUCAGUUAAUCGAUGGAAAAUACUCACUGAUCAUGUAGAACUCUACAGUGUGAAAAAGCUGAGUGAUACGCGUUGGGAAGCCAAAAUAAACAGCGUAAAAUCGGUUCGCUAUCAAAUUUGUGAAAUUCAUGAUGCUCUAGUUACAUUGGCUAACGUUACGGAGAAAACCGAUCACACCACCUCACACGAGGCAAGCACAUUAGCAGAACAACUGAAAGAUUUCGGUUUCAUUCUUUCUUUGGUGGUUUGGUACGAAAUUCUGUUUCAAAUUAAUGUUGUUAGCAAAUCACUGCAAUCUCAAGACAUGGAUCUCGGUAAAUCCGCAGAAAUGCUCGAAAAUUGUUGUAAUUUCUUUGAAGAAUACCGAAAAACUGGAUUCAAGAAAGCUUAUUGCACUGCAAGUGACUUAGCUAAAGAGCUUCAAGUCAAUCCAGAAUUCAAACCAGCAAAACGUUUACGACGUAUAAAACGUCAGGCUGGUGAAAUAGCUACGGAUGAGCCAAUUGAAUCUCUUGAGAAAAAAUUCGAAGUCGAAUUUUUCAACAAGUUGCUGGACGUCGCUUUGAUGUCAAUAAAAGAGAGAUUCCAACAAUUAAAAGACUAUUCGGACACGUGGUCUUUUUUACACGAUAUUAAAAAAAUUCCGGAAAAAAAGGAACUUGCAGUAUUAUGUGGAAAUCUCCAGCAGAAGCUAACUGUUGGUUCCAAUUCCGAUAUCGAUGGAGAUGGACUAUGUGACGAGCUCAUAAGUCUGAAGCAUUUUCUUCCCGGUCUCCUCACAUCUGAAGAACCCACCAAUGAAAAUAUCGUACAGAACAUUAGUGCUAAGGAACAUCUCGAAAGUGAUGGGGAAGAGGAAGUCCAGGAAACACCAUGA